AUGGACUACAUUUCAAUCAUCAAAGAUGACGUCGACCUGUCCCAGGGACACCAGUAUCUGAGACUACCGCAUCCUCGAAGUGGAGCUCCUCAACUCUAUCUCCCCUACACGACGCCCAGCGGGCAAGAUUCCGUGCUGGAAGCUGCGAAGCUCAAUGGCGCCUCUAGACGGACAUGGUUUGUCGGCGAAUCAGGCAUAGAUGCGGCGAGUAUACUUGUUCACUAUCCAGUGGAUCCUCUCUUUCUUGUAAUCCCAUUGAUAUUGUCUCUUGUCCCUAACGGCUCUGUCCUGCAUUUCCAACCUCUGUACGACCUGUUGUCGACAUGUGCCUCUUCCCCCUCUUUCAUCCUCCCCGAGCCUUUCACUUCCAAUGACAAGCGCCCCGCCUCCGAGGGCGUCAACGAAGACCUCUCCGCCCUCCUCAAACUCAAAUCCGUCAAGCGCGGUUUCAGAGCCUGCUGCGAAGUCAAGAUCGUCUCCGCUGCCCCCCCUUCUCCCAAAGCUUCUCAGCCUACUUCUCCUUCACCAACUGCCAAGGGUGAAAAGUACUAUCGUCCGUCGAUAGAGUUGGUUGUGAAGCAUUUGAAGAGCAAAGUGGAGUUCUUUGCAAAUCCGGAGGAGUUUGAAAAGUUUGAUCAUUUGAUUAGGGCGUUUGGACGGGAUGGGAUGCUGGGAAGGAGUGCGGAUGAUCCUCUUUUGACGAUGGCGAGAAAGAAGGCAGCCAUAGAGCACCUUUCACAAUGGCUCUCUCAACCCAUUGUCUCCAAGCUCAUCGACUCAUACGAUUUCACCGCCCUCCACGAAUACCUUGCCUCACAUAACGCCGCCCUUGUCGCCGCUUCUCAGCCCAUCACAAAAGCAAAGAAGGGGGCCAAAGAGACUGCCGCUACGAAGCGCAAAGCGAGCUCUUCGAGAGGAGUCGAGUCGUUGAAGAAGGUCAAUACGUCAAAGAUGACCAAAUUGACCAGCUUUUUCAAGCCGAAAGAGCCCAAGGAAAAGAAGUGA